AUGCAGGUGGCGGGAGGCAGCAGCGGGCGAGGCCGAGGCGAGGCCAAGGGCAACGUGCUGGGGGCUCUCUGCUCUCUGCUCGGCGCUGCGUGCGGGUGCGGGCGGUGCUGGCGGUGCGGCGGUGCUGGUGGUGCGCGUGCUGGUGCGGGCGCGGGCGUGGUGCUGCGUGCUGGUGCUGCGUGCUGGUACUGGUGCUGGCAGGCGAUGCGUGCGAGUAGGUCGUUUAUUAGUCGAGCACCUGCUGGCAGGGCGGCCGGGAUUCACUCAGUCAUCAGGGCAGGAGCGAUGCGGGAGGGUUAUUUAAGACAGCACCCGCACGCCCCCUGCACCGACGCACCUCAAGCGUCCCUCCGCAGACACUGGGCUCCUGCUCGUCCACAGCUGCGUCCCCGAGCAGAGGCAGCCCGAGGCGGCUGGAUCCACUUGCUGGUGCUUCUGGGAACCGCCCGCGCAUUAAGCCAUUAA